AGUUGCUCGGAGUGUAAUAAGACUUUUCCAAAUAAAACCCGCCUUAGGACUCAUAGUCGUAGUCACACUGGUGAACGUCCUUUCAAAUGCUCUCAUUGUAAUAGUUAUUUUGGCUCUAAAUAUCAAGCUAAGCUUCAUGAACGUAGACACACUGGAGAAAAACCUCACUGUUGUUUAAUCUGUAAAAAGAGUUUUAGUGCAUCAAGUGGCUUAGCCCAGCAUAUGAAAAUCCACACAACAGAGUCACCAUAUUUAUGCAAUGUAUGUAACAAAAGUUUUAAGCAGAAGGAAAAGUUGGAAAAUCACAGUAGAAUUCAUACAGGUGCCAAGCCAUACAUGUGUGAUCGAUGCCCCCUGGUCUUUCGAUUAAAACACGCCCUGGUGAGACAUUUAAGAAUUCAUUUAGGGGAAACCUAUAAGUGUUCACUCUGCCCCAAAGAAUUUGGUGAACUUUAUGCUUUAAAGAAACACCACAGAAAUAAACAUACCAGCUUUGAUUUUCCUGGUGCCGCAACCAGUGAAAACAUCACAGGCUUUGAUGCUGACAAGUGUCCUGAAAAGUUGCUGAAGACUAAGGCAGCCAAAACUAAAUCUAAGCAAGAAAGGGAGAUUUUUAAGAAAAAAAGAAAGAAAAUUAAACCAGCAUCUUCCCAUUUAAGUAAAUUUGUUUCAGAUAAAUGUUUUCUUAUGAUCAGAGAGAGCAAUUCUUCCACACUGGUUGAAGAAAAUGGCUGGCAUCGUAUCCCAUUGCCAGGACCCAGCAACAGUAAAAAUGGGACAGAUAAAAUUGAUAAUCAGUGUUUAGAAGAACAUUGUAGGAAUGAAGUUGUUGACCAUCAAAGAGGGCAUCAGAUCAGUCAGCAGUCAGUGAAUAAAGAAUGUUGCACUAGCCAGAAGAGGAAAGUCUUGAACUUGAAGGUAUGUGAAAAUAAGGAGAAUCUGCAGGGGAUACUUUUUCUUUUAUCAUUUAUGUUUGUUUAGACUUUUAAAAUUAUUGAUCACUUCAUAACAAUCAAGAAAUUAGCUUUUUUCCCACUUAAUUAAAAAAAAGUUGUAUCAUUCAUUCAUGAUGUGCACAUUGUUGUGUACAGUUAGGGUUAUAAAGAUUAAAUCUGUUAAUAGUUGACUCCUAGAAGAAACCAUACAAAACACACUGAUCUUACAGCAUACAAAGAAAAAUGAUACCAAACCUAGUGAUACUAAAAUUUAAUUUAAUUACAUAAAUAUAUUUCUAUACAAAUACAAAUGUGAUGCAGAAGUAAAAAGUGUUUCAACUUACAGCAAGUGGAAAAAAAGGUACAAUCCUCAAAAUAGAAAUAUUAAUUUAUACACAAAAUAAUAUUAACCUCAUACAUACAUGUAUAUCUCUAAUUAAGUAUCGGUAUGUCUCAGCCUCAGAAAGUCUAUCUGCUAAGAAACCAGGUGGGCCUUACACAGGAAUUAAAUUUGAAUGUUUUAAGUACAGAAAAUCUAAAAAUUGUAUAGUAUAACCUAUUGGCACUCUUGAGAACAAAUUGGAUGUAAACAACUAUUUUGCCAGCCAGGACAGUGGCGGGUGUGAUGUCAAUUUUAAGGUCGAGACAAAUCUAAGCCGUGGUUGCCAAAAAUAACCCUGUGUAGUUUAAAAAUAAGCAAAGCCCUUGCUUUUCUAGGCUAUGUAUAACAACAUCAACAAAUAGAUAUAUCUUAAAAGCGUUGAUAGUUGUCUUGUGUAAAAUUAAUGAGAUCAAAUUGAACCAUUGCAGUUCAUACUUUGUUUCAACUUUGAACCGAUUUUCUUCAAAUAAACCUCAGAUACACCUUUUGUACUUAUACCCAUGAAUGUCAUUGGGUGGGUUGAUACAUUCAAAAUAAUGCCCAUGGGUGGGUUGAAACAUUCCAAAUGGUUUUUGUUCAAUUAGAUUAAGAUUGAAUUUAUGUAGAAAGAACAAGGUUACAUUAUUUCUCUCUACUUCAGAUGACCAGCUGUUACAGACAAACCUGCAUAUUAAGACAUGAGGGUACUGUAGACAAUCCAAGUAUAAUUAGGAUGAAACCUGCUCCAGCCAAUAAAGACCUUUCUCAGACCGCUACCAUUGAGUACUUUGGUGAUAAAGGUAUUGAUAGAUUUAUUUGUGUACACCUCUGUUUUAUAAUUAAAUAUUCAAAACUUAUUUUAUGUAACAUGUUUCAUCAUUCGGUCUUCUGAAUGUGUUGUAUUCCAUCAGUCGGUCUUCUCAAUGUGCUGUAUUCCCUCAGUCGGUCUUCUCAAUGUGCUGUUUCUAUCAGUCUGUCUUCUCACUGUGUUGUAUUCCAUCGGUCGGUCUUCUGACUGUGUUGUAUUCCAUCAGUCGGUCUUCUCACUGUGUUGUAUUCCAUCAGUCAGUCUUCUCACUGUGUUGUAUUCCAUCAGUCGGUCUUCUCACUGUGUUGUAUUCUAUCGGUCUGUCUUCUCACUGUGUUGUAUUCCAUUUGGUCGUUCUUCUCAAUGUGUUGUAUUCUAUCGGUCGGUCUUCUCACUGUGUUGUAUUCCAUCAGUCAGUCUUCUCACUGUGUUGUAUUCCAUCAGUUGGUCUUCUCAAUGACUUGUAUUCCAUCAGUCGGUCUUCUCACUGUGUUGUAUUCCAUCAGUUGGUCUUCUAAAUGACUUGUAUUCCAUCAGUCGGUCUUCUCACUGUGCUGUAUUCUCAAUGUGUUGUAUUCCAUCGGUCGGUCUUAUAAUUGUGCUGUAUUCCAUAGUUCGGUCUUCUCCAUUGCUGUAUUAGUUUGUUUUUUUUUACUUUGAAUUUACCUGAAGAUUAUUCUUUCCCUAUGAAACCACAUGCUAUGAAUUUGAUUUUAAAAAAACAAACAAUUUUCUCUCCCAGGCAAAAUCUGUGAUUGUCAAACAAAAUCUGACAAGUCCUACAAGACAGUUGACGUCAGCAGCAGCACAGCACCAAUUCCGCAUUACACGCAGCUGAACCAGGUUGUGUUUGAUAAAGUGGUCACCAGAAAUAGGAUCCAGCCCAUAGAUAACUUGACCACAGUUGGCUACAACUUGGUCGCACAACAUGCCCAGCUCUCACAGCAUUACAAUCUAGAGAAUGACCACUGUAAACAAGCUGGUCAUCUGUCAAGGCUCUAUAACAACAAAGCCAGGUAUGAUGGGGAUUCAUCAAAUCACCAUCUCAAGCCAGGGCCAAAGGGCCCUCAAUGUCAGCCUACUGGUGGCUCUUCAAGUGCUCCACAAAGUGAUCAACGUCAUGCACCAGCAAGAGAUUCACCUUACAGUUGCCCAGUUGCAGCAGCAGAGUCAUGUUAUCAAGCAAGCAAAGGACAUCAGCUUUUAUGUCAUUCAGUGCCAGAGGACAAGGCAUCCAGUUUGGGGGAAAUUAGACGAAUGGCAAAUUUAUUAAAUCCUCUUGACCAAUCCAACUUGGGCCUUUGUUUCCAACACACUCUGCAUGUGCCAGGUAUGACAAGCUCACAGGGAGGAUCAGCCCCGCCUGGUGAGGGAAAUAAUCAUAAACAAGUCGCAGAUUUUAGCUUAUAUCAGGAAAGAUUUGAAGGUCCGCUUGAAAUCUCUUUUCACGGAGGUAGCAACAUUGUACACCAUAUGCCAGAGCCAUCUUUACUUGAGGUGGAUGAUGAAGAUGAUACAGGACCCAUAAAGUGGUCAACAUGUGAUUACGACAAUCAGUUGCUGCCUGAUUCCAAACACCAGGACCAGGGUCUGCCUGAUUCCAAACACCAGGACCAGGGUCUGCCUGAUUCCAAACACCAGGACCAGGGUCUGCCUGAUUCCAAACACCAGGACCAGUGUCUAUACAGUGCAGGAAGGUUAAAGUGUUCUGGUAUUUCGGGGGAGACACCUGUUCAGGUAAACACAGAAAGCUUUGAGACUUACUCAGACACCUUUGGAAGGAUACAGUAUCCCAGUGACACUGAUAGUUUGCAAAAAUCACCUUACCCUAAUCACAUGAGAAAAGGUCCAGUUAAGAUGCCCCAAUCUAGUGUUGGUGUUCAUUUGGCAGACACACCUUACCCUAACAACAAGGAAAAGAUACAGUAUCUUAAAGUGACAGGUGAGUCAGGAAAUAUCCUUAACCUGUGUGCGACAGAUUAUUCAUCUAGGAUGCAAUAUUCCAAUGUCUCCAAGAGCUUUGUGACUGCCUUAAACCAGGGCUCUCCUGUGGCCCUAACCCAUUCCAAUGUCUCCAAGAGCUUUGUGACUGCCUUAGACCAGGGCUCUCCUGUGGCCCUAACCCAUUCCAAUGUCUCCAAGAGCUUUGUGACUGCCUUAGACCAGGGAUCUCCAGUGGCUCUAACCCCAUUCCAAUGUCCAGCACAUACUAACAAUUCCAAUGCAAGUUCUCUGCAUUCCAUUCCUUUCCAAAAAACUGCGCCCAAGUCUGUUGUAUUUAAUGGCCACCUGCCAACUAUGAGUGCGACUUACAUGUACUGUCAGUCAAAGCAGACUGACCAGACUUCUGACACUUGUCAUCCUAACCUCAAGAAUGACAGUUUAUUGGAACAAUGUUUGGGAAAUUGCAACAUUUCCAGAAGAGGCAACAUCCCAACAAGAGGCAACAUCCCAACAAGAGGCGACAUCUCAAUGAGGGGCAAAAUCCCAAAAGAAGGCAACAUCCCAACGAGAGGUGACAACUUUGACAACUCUGAAUGCAAUGUUCAAGAGAAUUCACAACUCUGCUUGAAGAAAAAUGCAGACAACACGCUCACAUUAGAAAACCAAAACAUCUUUAUUCCCCUAUUAGAAAACUCUCUUAAAAGUGGGAGUGAAGUUCACACAAAAAAUGUUCAGACCGCAGCUGUUGAAGUUGGCCACCACCCAGUGAAGCCACAUGAUUGUAAUGUGAUGGCACAUGAUUGUAAUGUGACAGGUUAUUAUUGUAAUGUGACAGCACAUGAUUAUAAUGUGAUGGCACAUGAUUGUAAUGUGACUGCACAUGAUUGUAAUGUGACAGGUCAUGAUUGCAAUGUGAUGGCACAUGAUUGUAAUGUGAUGGGUCAUGAUCAUUAUGGCUGGAUAGGUCAAGGUUUGAAAGAUGUAGCUGUCCAGGAUGGUGCAGUGAAUGAAAGCCAAGUCAUGAAACAUGAAAACUUCUCAGUGACCGCAAAGCAAGACAACGGUCUCGGGUCUGGCUGUCCAUCAAAGCAAGACAAGGGUCUGGAGUCUGGCUGUCCAUCACAAGACAACAGUCUCGGGUCUGGCUGUCCAUCAAAGCAAGACAACGGUCUUGGGUCUGGCUAUCCAUCACACAGUCUCGGGUCUGGCUGUCCAUUACAAUUUGAAAAUAUUUUACCCGAGAAAUAUAUUUGUGGAAGAAACAGAAUGAAUAAAGCUGUUAGGAACUCUGAUACAACCGAAGAAAACGUAGAUGGUGUAUUUCAUAAGGAAGUUAGUGAUUUGUCCAAUGACAGACAGUGUCAUCAGACUCAAGGAGAAGUUGGUGAUCUGUCCAAUGACAGACAGUGUCAUCAGACUCAAGGAGAAGUUGGUGAUUUAUCCAAUGACAGACAGUGUCAUCAGACUCAAGGAGAAGUUGGUGUUCUGUCCAGUGACAGACAGUGUCAUCAGGCUCAAGGAGAAGUUGGUGAUCUGUCCAGUGACAGACAGUGUCAUCAGGCUCAAGGAGAAGUUGGUGAUCUGUCCAAUGACAGACAUUGUCAUCAGACUCAAGGAGAAGUUUAUGAUCUGUCCAAUGACAGACAGUGUCAUCAGACUCAAGGAGAAGUUGGUGAUCUGUCCAAUGACAGACAGUGUCAUCAGACUCAAGGAGAAGUUGGUGAUCUGUCCAAUGACAGACAGUGUCAUCAGAGUCAAGGAGAAGUUGGUGUUGUGGAAAUGAAAAAACUCACUGAGACAGUGAAAGUAAAACAGACAGCAACAAACAUGAAGACGAACAAAUUAAAACAGAAUUACAUGGGUAAAAAGGCAUGUCAUGGGAAGACUGGUAGGUCAAAUUUAGAGCAUACAGCAAAAGAUCUAGGAGGUCAACAAACAGCUGGAGAAACAGCCAACACACAAACUGAUAAAAUGAGAACAGCAGACUUUGCUGAACCGGAGCAGAAAUUGUCUAAAGAAGAACCAAUUAAAUUUGGUGAAUUCCAGCCAAAUAUUACUGAAAGUAUUCCAAAGACUAAAAGACAUGUAAGUAUUGAGAUGUGCACAGGCUCCCAGAACAAGAACUCUUUAUUAGUUGAUCAGCCGCAGCAAGGGUCAGACAAGAACUCUUUAUUAGUUGAUCAGCCACAGCAAGGGUCAGACAAGAACUCUUUAUUAGUUGAUCAGCCACAGCAAGGGUCAGACAAGAACUCUUUAUUAGUUGAUCAGCCACAGCAAGGGUCAGACAAGAACUCUUUAUUAGUUGAUCAGCCACAGCAAGGGUCAGACAAGAACUCUUUAUUAGUUGAUCAGCCACAGCAAGGGUCAGACAAGAACUCUUUAUUAGUUGAUCAGCCACAGCAAGGGUCAGACAAGAACUCUUUAUUAGUUGAUCAGCCACAGCAAGGGUCAGGUAGUUUGUUAACAAAGAGACAAAAAUAUGAUCAGAAUGCAAGCAGGGCAGAGUUUGUGAAAGCCAGUUGUAUCAUUGAUGAUGACCUUGACAUUAGGCGGUGCAAGAUUUGCGGAAAUGAGUACAAACGCAUCGGCUGCUUAAGGAAGCAUAUUUUCACAAGUCAUUUCAACGGGUUGAGGCAUCACUGCAACAGUUGUGCCAAACAUUUUCCUCACAAAAGCCGACUUGAUAGACAUUUGAAAACACAUGUUGGGCACAAGCCAUUUCCUUGUGGCAUUUGUCAACAAGGUUUUACUGCACAAAAACAUUUGGACAAUCACAUGAAGAGACACAGUAAGGUGCCGGCAGUGUUCAUAUGCGACGAAUGUGGGAAGACAUUUCCCAGAAGGUAUCAAUUGAAAGUUCACCAGAGGACACAU